AUGUUUACUCUCGCUUCGUUACCAUAUCCUAUAGCCCAUUUCCUUGGUUAUCGCAAGCCUACAUAUAAGCCACGCAUAUUGCCAUUAUGGCGAGUGUGUCUCUGGUCAUUCCUGCGGAGCGUGGUGGUGUUUGCAUGUGGUGCCCAGUUCCAGAUCCAUAAAACGCCCGUCAUUAUUGGCAGUUUUGGUGCAUCGGCGGUGCUGUUGUAUGGUGCGAUUGAUUCACCUUUGGGGCAACCGCGCAACGCCUUUUUUGGGCAUUUUUUCGGUGCCUUGGUGGGCGUGAUUAUCUCUCAAUUGUUUACCCAAGUACCCAAAGAUUGGGUAUCUGAGGGUCAAGAGCAUGCUGUUAUGUGGGUUGCCGGAGCCACAGCGAUGGCAUUGACGUUGGUUGUUAUGCAAGUCACUAAGACGGUGCAUCCGCCUGGGGGAGCCACAGCCCUGAUUGCGGUGGUACAAGAUACGGCGGUGGCCAUGAAAUGGUACUACAUUGGCAUUGUGGUGUUAUCCAUCUCAUUGCAGAUCUGUAUUGCUACUCUUAUCAAUAAUAUCGAUCGUCGUUACCCUAUCUAUUGGUGGUCACCCAAGAAAUUUCCAAUGACGUUCGAUCCCACUACUGCUUCCACAGUGAUACCCCGGCCUCACGAAGUGGCCAAUAACGAAGAAUUGGUGGUGGGACGACAGCAGUUUGACAGAAGCCGAAAGAGGACAGAUGGAGCCGAAAACCAGUAA